AGUUCUUGAGCUUGAUCAGAUAUUUUUAUUUUUAUUUAGAUGACAAAUAUGAACAACUGGUUAGGGUUCUCUCUCUCCCCUCAAGAACUCCCUUCUUCACAUCAUGAAGAUCAUCACUCUCAAAACUCUGUCCCCCGCCUUGGUUUCAACUCCGAUGAACUCUCCGGUGAGUGCUUUGAUCUCUCUUCCCAUGACUCCUCUGGCCCCUCUCUCAACCUCCCUGCCCCCUUUGGCAUCCUUGAAGCCUUCAACCGCAACAAUCACCCCCAAGAAUGGAAUAAUAUGAAGGGUUCCGAGCUCUCCAUGCUGAUGGGUUCUUCAUGCAAUAAUACUCAAAACCUCGAUCAAACCCAAGAGCCGAAGCUUGAAAACUUCCUGGGAGGCCACUCUUUUGCGGAUCAUGAACAAAAACUCCACGGAUGCAACGCCAUGUACACCGCCGCCGCCGGCGACUUUAUCUUUCCCAACUGCUCUCUGCAACUUCCCUCAGACGACACAUCAAAUAAUAACAAUGCAACAAGAACAAACAACAACACCGGAACCGGAACCGAAACUGCCAACACAAACAACAACAGCUCCAUUGGGUUGUCAAUGAUCAAAACUUGGCUGAGAAACCAACCAGCACCGACUCAAACCGACUCCAAGAACAACAACAAUGGCGGCGGUUCUGCGCAAAGCUUGUCGCUUUCGAUGAGCACCGGCUCGCAAUCCGGCUCUCCUUUGCCGCUUCUGAACAAUGGCAGCGGCGGAGAUAGCUCUUCUUCUGAUAACAACAAGCAACAGAAGCCAUCUUCAACGGCGGCAACAACAACAACGGCAACCGGAGGAGGAGUUCUUGAUGGCCAAGUGGGCGCUAUUGAAGCGGUGCCAAGAAAAUCUAUUGACACUUUUGGGCAAAGGACUUCAAUAUACCGAGGAGUCACAAGGCAUAGAUGGACUGGGAGAUAUGAAGCUCAUCUAUGGGACAAUAGUUGUAGAAGAGAAGGCCAAACUAGAAAGGGAAGACAAGUCUAUUUGGGAGGCUAUGACAAAGAAGAAAAGGCUGCAAGAGCUUAUGAUUUAGCGGCAUUGAAAUAUUGGGGUACCACUACCACAACAAAUUUCCCAAUUAGCAACUACGAGAAAGAGUUAGAAGAAAUGAAGCAUAUGACUAGGCAAGAGUAUGUUGCUUCUCUACGAAGGAAGAGUAGUGGAUUUUCUCGGGGUGCAUCGAUUUAUCGUGGUGUAACAAGGCAUCAUCAGCAUGGAAGAUGGCAGGCAAGAAUUGGGAGAGUUGCGGGGAACAAAGACCUUUACUUGGGCACUUUCAGCACACAAGAGGAGGCGGCAGAGGCCUAUGACAUAGCAGCCAUCAAAUUCCGUGGACUGAAUGCAGUAACAAACUUCGACAUGAGCCGAUAUGACGUGAAUAGCAUCCUCGAGAGCAGCACAUUACCCAUUGGUGGCGCAGCCAAGCGCCUCAAAGAUGUCGACCAGGCUAACGAAAUGACCCUCGACGGCGGUGGAGGCGGUGGUGGCCAGAGAACAUUGUCCGACGACCAUGACAAUAUCCUAACUUCAAACCUCAACCCUUAUGCCUCAUCAACCUCAGCCCACCACCUCCAAAACUGGCAAACACUAGCAUUCCAACAACCUCAUCAUCAAAACCCUAACUCCAACUUCUCCAUGCAUGGUCAGUUCCCAUACGGCCAGCGGCUCUGGUGCAAGCAGGAGCAAGACGCGGAGCUUCACCACCAGCUUCAACUGGGAGGCACCCACAAUUUCUUUCAGCCGUCCGUUUUACACAACCUCAUGAACAUGGAUCAAUCUUCAUUGGAACACAGCUCGGGUUCGAACUCGGUGAUUUACAGCAACAAUGGAGGGGAUGUGAACGUGAUUCCAAUGGGGACAGUUAUCGCAAACGAUCAUGGAAGUUUCAGUGAAAACGAUAACAAUUUGUAUUAUAUAUCUCAUCAACAAUCAUCAGGAGGAAGCCAAUGCAACAACUGGGUGCCAACGGCGGUUCCCACGCUGGCGCCGAGGACGAGUACGAUGGCGUUGUGCCAUGGAGCUCCAACUUUUACAGUGUGGAAUGACACUUAAACCCAUUGAGGUGAUGGCUCGGAGAAGAUGGUGAAGAUGAUGUAUACAAAACUGAUUUGCUAAUUUUUCAUUUUUGUUUUUGUUUUUAGUCUAACAAGUUUUAAUUUGAUGAAAUUAAAGGGUCAAUAUGGCUGAAGUUCGAUCAAUAGCAAGGGAAUUAAUCAAUUAAUUACAGAGAGAAUUAUAUAUUAUAUUAUACUGGAUAUAAUAUGAUAUAUAAAUUCUCUCAAGAUAUAUUCCUUGCUAUGAAUUUUGGGAACUUCAGGGUGACAAAAUAUUGAUCCUCGGAAACUUUUAAUUUUGUAACUUCAGGCUUUGUAAUUUUCA